CUACUGGCGACGACAUCUACGACGUGCCCCACAUCCGCCAUGUCCAUGCCAAUGGCACGCUGCAGCUCUACCCCUUCUCCCCAUCUGCCUUCAACAGCUUCAUUCACGACAAUGACUACUUCUGCACUGCAGAGAACCAGGCUGGCAAGAUCCGUAGCCCCAGCAUCCGUGUCAAAGCAGUGUUCAGGGAGCCAUACACGGUUCGUGUGGCUGAUCAGCGGUCCAUGCGGGGCAACGUGGCUGUCUUCAAGUGCCUCAUUCCUUCAGCUGUGCAGGAGUACGUCAGUGUGGUCUCCUGGGAAAAGGACACUGUUGCCAUCGUUCCAGGUAACAGGUUUUUCCUGACAUCAUAUGGAGCCCUGUACAUAUCAGACGUGCAGAAAGAAGAUGCGCUUUCUACUUACCGCUGCAUUACCAAACACAAAUACAGUGGAGAGACCCGACAGAGCAACGGUGCUCGCCUCUCUGUGAUGGAUCCUACUGAGUCCACACCCUCAGUGAUGGACAGCUUCCAGUCAGGUGAAGUGCAGGUGGGGCGCAGUGUAGAGCUGCCAUGCAUUGCCUCAGGCUUCCCCAAUCCCACCAUCCGCUGGCUGAAGGAUGGCAGACCACUUCCGGCUGACUCCCGCUGGACCAGGCGUCUCACAGGCCUUACCAUCAGUGACCUACGCAUGGAGGAUUCAGGCAACUACAUUUGUGAGGUCACCAACAGCUUUGGCUCCAAGGAGGUCACAGGUUACCUCAAUGUAAUAGAGCCACUAAGGGUCACUGUCUCCCCUAAAAACUUGAAGACAGGUAUCAGCAGUACGGUGAUCCUGUCCUGCGCCGUUCAAGGUUCCCCUCAUUUCACAGUGUCCUGGUUUCGGAAUACAGAGCCUGUACUGCCUGACCAGCACUUCUCCAUUCAGGGCACCAACAAUGAGACACUCUUCAUCACUGCUGCCCAGAAAAGACACUCGGGUGCUUACCAGUGCUUUGCUACCCGCAAGGGUCAAACCGCCCAGGACUUCUCCAUUAUAUUGCUGGAAGAUGGCACCCCGAGGAUCGUCUCGUCCUUCAGCGAACGAGUGGUGGCACCAGGUGAACCCUUCUCCCUAAUGUGUGCAGCCAAAGGCGCCCCUCCACCCACCAUAACUUGGACCCUGGAUGAUGAGCCAAUUGCUCGGGACUCGGCGCACCGGGCCAGUCAGUACACGCUCUCGGAUGGCUCCACUGUAUCACACGUUAACGUCAGCAACCCGCAGAUCCGCGACGGGGGCGUGUACCGCUGCGCUGCACGCAACUCGGCCGGUAGCGCCGAGUACCAAGCGCGCAUAAACGUAAGAGGACCCCCAAGUAUCAGGGCCAUGCGCAACAUUACAGCCGUGGCUGGGCGCAACACCUUCAUCAAUUGUCGUGUGAUCGGCUACCCAUACUACUCCAUCAAGUGGUACAAAGAUGGCAUGCUGUUGCCAGACAACCAUCGGCAGGUGGUAUAUGAGAACGGUACACUCAAGCUCAGUGAUGUGCAGAAAGGAAUGGAUGAGGGCGCAUACCUGUGCAGUGUGCUCAUCCAACCCCAGCUCUCUAUCAGCCAGACCGUCUAUGUCACUGUCAAAGUUCCCCCUCUCAUUCAGCCUUUUGACUUUCCACCUACUUCAAUUGGUAAACUGAUGUACAUAGCAUGUGUAGUUUCGUCCGGCGACAUGCCCAUUCGGAUUACAUGGCGCAAAGACGGUCAGGAGAUCGUGUCUGGCACCUCUGGUGUCACCAUUGAGACCAAGGAGUUCAUGAGCUCGCUACAGAUCUCCAAAGUUUCCUUAAAGCACAACGGCAACUACACUUGCAUUGCCAGCAAUGAUGCAGCCACCGUCAGCUCUGAAAGACAGCUUAUUGUCACUGUCCCUCCUCGUUUCCGAGUGCAGCCUAACAACCAGGAUGGGAUUUAUGGAAAGUCUGGGGUUCUAAAUUGUUCUGUGGAUGGUUACCCCCCUCCUAAAGUCAUGUGGAAACAUGCUAAAGGUAUUGGAAACCCACAGCAGUACCACCCAGUUCCUCUGACUGGCCGCAUCCAGAUCAUGCCUAAUGGUUCUCUUCUGAUCCGACAUGUUUUGGAGGAGGACCGUGGAUACUAUUUGUGCCAGGCCAGCAAUGGUGUGGGCUCAGAUAUCAGCAAGAGCAUGCUGCUUACAGUCAAAAUCCCAGCCAUGAUCACUUCCCAUCCGAACACAACUAUGGCUAUAAAAGGACAGAAUAAAGAACUAAACUGCACUGCCCGGGGUGAGUACCCUAUUAUCAUUCGCUGGGAACGUGGGGACACUGUCAUCGACCCUGACCGUAACCCUCGCUACUCGAUCACCACCAGCCCGAAUGAGAAGAGUGAUGAGGUCAUUUCCACGCUGAAGCUGAAGCCAGCUGAGCGUGGGGACUCCGUGUUCUUCUCAUGUCAUGCUAUCAACUCCUAUGGAGAGGGCCGUGGCCUCAUUCAGUUGACUGUUCAAGAGCCCCCUGAUCCGCCUGAGUUAGAGGUGCGUGAGGUAAAAGAUCGCAGUAUGAAUUUAAGAUGGACCCAGAGGUUUGAUGGAAAUAGCAUCAUUACCAGUUAUGAUAUUGAAUACAAAAACAAAUCUGAUCCAUGGGAAUUAAAGCAUGCUACACGCAAAAUAUCCCCAACUAAUAACCAGGCAAACAUCGUGGAGCUGCAUCCUGCUUCUGUCUACAGCAUUCGUAUGUACUCAUACAAUAAAAUCGGCCGUAGUCAGGCCAGCAAAGAGCUCACUAUCAGCACAGAGGAGGCAUCUCCUGAUGGGCCACCCAUGGAGGUCAUUCUGCAGCCUAUGACAUCACAGAGCAUCCGUGUUACAUGGAAGGCUCCCAAGAAGGAGCUCCAGAAUGGCGUAAUCCGUGGCUAUCAGAUUGGCUACAGAGAAAAUGGGCCUGGCAGUAAUGGCCAGUACAGCAUAGUGGAGAUGAAGGCAACUGGUGACAGUGAGGUUUAUACACUAGAUAACCUGAAGAAAUUUGCCCAGUAUGGAGUGGUUGUUCAGGCCUUCAAUCGAGCUGGAACAGGGCCAUCUAGUUCGGAGAUCAAUGCUACCACACUAGAAGACGUGCCAAGCCAGCCACCACAGAAUGUACGGGCCAUCACCGUGACAUCAGAUGAAGCAGUGAUUACCUGGUCAGAGCCUCCACGGAUGACACUAAACGGAGUUCUGAAAGGUUACCGUGUGGUUUUCUGGUCCCUCUUCCCUGAUGGAGAAUGGGGGGAGAUGCAGAACAUUACUACAGUACGUGAGCAAGUGGAGUUGAAAGGCCUAGAAAAGUUCACAAACUACAGUGUCCAAGUGUUGGCAUACACACAGGCAGGGGAUGGCGUCCGCAGCAAUGUUCUCUACAUACAAACACGAGAGGACUACCCUGGCCCUCCAGCAGGCAUCAAAGCUGUCCCCUCUUCUGCCAGCAGCGUUGUGGUAUCAUGGCUCCCUCCAAACAAGCCAAAUGGCAUCAUCAGGAAAUACACCAUAUAUUGCUCCAGCCCUGGAUCAGCACAACCAGCUCCCAGUGAAUACGAGGCAAACCCAGAAGUACUGUUUUACCGCAUCACCCAUCUAAAUCAAGGACAGCAGUACCUUAUCUGGGCAGCAGCUGUUACCACUGCCGGCCGGGGGAACAUCAGCGAGAAGGUCACGGUGGAGCCUGCUUUAAAGGCUCCUGCUAAGAUUCUAUCUUUUGGAGGUACAGUUACCACUCCGUGGAUGAAGGAGGUACGGCUGCCAUGUAGUUCAGUUGGAGAGCCAACUCCUACAAUUAAAUGGACCAAGGACAGCGAGAACACUGCUAUUCCUGUAUCUCAGGAUGGCCAGCGGAACAUUUUGGCAAAUGGGACGCUGGUGUUGCGCUCAGUGAAAGCAGAGGAUUCUGGGUACUACACCUGCACAGCCACCAAUACACUAGGAUUUGAUACCAUAAUCGUGAAUCUACUUGUGCAAGUCCCUCCAGAUCAGCCGCGUUUAACAGUCUCCACCACCUCAACCUCCUCUAUUACUCUAGCCUGGAUCCCUGGAGAUAACGGAGGAAGCUCCAUCAGAGGCUUCGUGCUGCAGUACUCUGUGGAUAAUACAGAAGAGUGGAGAGAUGUGUUCAUUACUUCCACUGAACGCUCUUUCAAGCUGGAUAACCUACGGUGUGGCACGUGGUAUAAGGUCAAACUAGCUGCCAAGAACAGUGUGGGAGCUGGGCGGAUAAGUGAAAUUAUUGAGGCAAAGACUCAUGGCAGAGAACCGCAGUUCAACAAGGACCAGCCCCUUCUCACCCACAUCAACUCCACUCAUGCUCGGCUCAAUCUGCAGGGAUGGAGCAGUGGUGGCUGCCCCAUCAAUGCUGUGCUGCUUGACUUCCGCCCCAAAGGCACUUAUGCCUGGCAAAGUGUACGGACCAAUGGCACGACCGAUGUUUUCCUGGCAGAGUUGCGUGAAGCCACCUGGUACGAGCUGAAGAUGAAGGCCUGCAACAGUGCUGGCUGUGGGAACCAGACCUCACAGUUUGCCACACUAGACUACGAUGGCAGUACCAUUCCCCCGAUCAAGUCUGCACGUGGGGAAGGUGAUGAUGUGAAGAAGCUGUUCUCCAUUGGCUCCCCUGUCAUUUUAGUUACUUUGGGCAUGGCCCUUCUCUUCAUCAUUCGAAAGAAACGCAAAGAGAAGAGGCUGAAAAGACUUCGAGAUGCUAAGAGUUUGGCGGAAAUGUUAAUCAGCAGUAAGAACAAUCGCAGUUUUGACACCCCAGUGAAGGGCCCACCCCAGGGGCCACGGCUGCACAUAGAUAUACCACGUGUACAACUGCUUAUUGAAGAUAAGGAAGGCAUCAAGCAGAUCGGUGAAGACAAAGCCACCAUUCCUGUUACGGACACAGAGUUCAGCCAGUCAGUAAACCCCCAGAGCUUCUGCACAGGCGUGUCUGUGCAUCAUCCUGCACUUAUUCAGAACACCGGCCCCUUAAUUGACAUGUCUGAUAUUAGACCAGGAACCAAUCCAGUGUCAAGGAAGAGUGUUAAGUCAGCUCACAGUACAAGAAAUCGUUACUCAAGCCAGUGGACCCUGACAAAGUGCCAGGCAUCCACGCCUGCCCGCACUCUAACCUCUGACUGGCGUACCGUCGGCUCGCAGCAUGGUAUCACUGUAACAGAGAGUGACAGUUAUAGUGCCAGUCUGUCCCAGGACACAGACAAGGGCCGUAACAGCAUGGUUUCGACGGAGAGUGCUUCUUCUACAUAUGAGGAACUGGCUCGUGCUUACGAGCAUGCCAAACUGGAGGAGCAUCUACAGCAUGCUAAGUUCGAGAUCACGGAGUGCUUCAUUUCCGACAGUUCUUCAGACCAGAUGACCACAGGUACCAAUGAAAAUGCCGACAGCAUGACAUCAAUGAGCACACCGUCCGAGCCGGGCAUCUGCCGCUUCACGGCAUCUCCACCAAAACCACAGGACUAUGACCGUGGCAAGAAUGUAGCAGUGCCAAUACCACACCGUGCCAACAAGAGUGAGUACUGUAAUCUCCCCCUUUAUAUGAAGACAGAGCCAUUCUUCCGCAAACAAGCAGAGCUGCAUGAUCCAUGCCCAGUGGUGCCGCCACGUGAAGCUUCCAUUCGAAGUUUAGCGGCUCGUGCUUACCACACGCAGGGCCGCCACAUGACAUUAGACCCAUCCAAGCAACAGGCCCUGACACUCAGCCAUGGUGGGUUAAGUAGUCUAACCAGCUCAGGAGCAUCAGGACCAGCCUCCAGCACCACUACAGGUGGCUCCAGCAUUAGCUCGGGCACAUCCACAUUGCCCCAGAGGACUCUUACUAUGCCCAGCUCCUCCUCCACCUCUUCAGCCGGCCAAAGCACUGGAGCCGCUGGAGCUGCAGCUGGCGCCGUGGCCAGUUCUUGCUCCACGGGAGGAGGUGGUGUGAGCAGCAGCUCUAAGGUUGGUGGUUCAAGAGACUCUCUGCUGGAGAGCAGCUCAUCCGGAUUGGGCAGACUGCAGAAGCAGAGUGCUGGGGCAUAUUCAAAGUCCUACACACUGGUGUAGGUACAGGUCUCCCUCCUCGACACACAUAAAAACAUAUAUAAUUGGAUACGUUGAGAUACAUUUAAUGUUUGCCUGGCACAAGGUGGUGAAUGAAUUGUGCAAUGACUGGACUUAGCAACCACAGGGGUCUCUAUCGUACUGUCCCUUUCGUACUGUCCUUUCUUUCUUUCUUUCUUUCUCACCUUUGCUCCCAUUUUCACCCUAACCUAUACUUUCUC